UGUGGUCUCUGCGCCCCGGCUUGUUUCUGCGCCUCUCGGCUGUCACUUACAGUGGCAUGGUGGCUGGCAUGUGCUGGUACCAAUACGAAGCUACAGGGCAAAGCAUAUGGCAGACCUAUGCGGAGGACAUGCAGGAAGGCCUGGAGGGCAUCGAGGUCCUGGACGACAACGACCUAGGAUUUCAAACGCUCAACUCGUUUGGACUAGGGUACAGACUCGUCGGCACAACUUCAUUUAAGGACAGGACCUUAUCUGGAGCUCAGUCGCUGUACGACUACCGCUACGUGAGCAAUAUUCCAGCGUUUUGGUCGUGGGCAAACCCCACGAAUGAGCCACAGUGGGAGCGGGCCGUCAACGUGGACAUGAUCAUGAACAUGGAAAUCAUGCUCUGGGCCGCCGUCAACGGCGGAGACGCCGAGUACUCCGAUGCCGUAGAAAACCACGCCGACACCACGUGGGCAGACCUUGUAAGGGAUGACUACAGCACGUAUCAUGUGGCGGACUACGACCCAUCGACGGGGGAGCUAGUAGACAAAGGCACGUACCAGGGGUGGCAAGACGACUCUACUUGGUCCAGGGGGCAGGCAUGGGCCAUCUACGGCUUCACUAUGGUAUACCGCUAUCUCAAGGAGCAGAGGUUCCUGGACUAUGCCAUCAACACCCUCAGCUACUUCGUCGACAACCUUCCCGACGACAACGUGCCCUACGCCGACUUCGACGCUCCCGUGGACUCGGACAACCCGAAGGAUUCGUCAGCCACCGCUAUCGUGACCUCCGCCCUUUUCGAACUCUUCGAACUAACCGGAGAACCGACCUACCUCGAGAAGGCCCAGGAGUUCUUGACUUCGCUGCUGCUAUCGUCCACCUACUUCGACUCCUCCGCAACCGACGGGUGGCAAGCAAUCCUCAGAAACUCGGCGGCGGCAUGGGGUGAUGAGGCGGUGGGAUCCGUCACCGCGGACUACUUUCUCCUGGAAUCGAUGGUCCGGUACAAGACCAUGGCCCCUUCUAUCAUUCUGCGGAACGAGGCGGAGGUCAGUAUCAUGGACACCCAGCCGUCGGUCCAGUUCUCCGGAACCACUCUCGACAACGACAUCGACCUGUCCGGGCUAUCGGCGGACUCUCCCGUCAUCACUUGGUUCGGGGUGACGCUGACAGACGCCGGAUACGUUCCGAAUUCGCUGACACUCGGGAGCGGUUCAGCGUCCGUGACAGUGGACAUUGAACAGCCCGACGGGGGCUGGAACACGGGGUCAAACGGGGUUUCCUUCUCCGCGGCGGCGGGAACGUUCUCGGCGCUGUCCACGGUAGACAGCGUUACGCUUUCCUUCGGCCAGCUUUUGGCGGUAACCACGGCGGCGACCGUCGACUACCUCGUACUCGGACACCAAUUGAACACAUCGCUCGAGACUUGUGACGCUGGAGUUGGUGAGGCCUGCGAUUCUACAAGCGUCACGACGUGCAGCAACGGCCUCGAGGGUGUGAGUGAUGCGAACAGCGUGGUGUGCUGUCCUGUGGGCUGUGGCCAAUGCGCAGGAGACGGUUGCCUUACGACUGGCGCUGACGCUGGCCUCGGCUGGGAGUCAUGCUGCGGGCUAGGGGUCAAGGCUAGCGACGUGUACUGCGAUGAGACCAACGAAGCCCCCUGCAUCAUCGGCAGCCGCCCCGAAUAGAUCGCGGCAGGUGCUACAACCAUCCGUGAUGUCAGACGUUGGAGAACAACAUGCAACAACUCCCAAAAUCCACCAGAGCACCUACCUGUAUUCGGGCCCCGUCGCUGCCCGCAGCGUGGCACAACACGAACCUUGACGAUCAACACGGGGGUGGAGCUGUGUCGACAGUGAUUCGGGCGCUUCGGGAAAAUUUGUCAACCCCAACCAUCUCGGGAGCAUCGUCGGUUUUUCGGCGGUGGGUCCGUCAUGAUGCAACACAGUGGCUGCCGUUGGUCAAGGUGAAACGGUUGUUGGCAAAUGGCAACCCUCGUGAGCGCAGGCGGUGACCGAACACCGUAGUUAUGUAGUGUUGUGUGCAUGCAGCAAUUUCAAGCCAACGCUGGUUGUGUGCAAAGCUCCGAUAAUGUUUGAAUGUAGCGUACGUGAGCGCCACGCCUCGCGAGGAAGAAUGUUCGGCCGCUCGAUGUAACAGAUUCUUCGCAAAUUGACUGAAUCCACGGUAGGUACAACAAGACCAAGAAGUUCUCAAAAUUGUCAAGUAUGCCAUGGGGGCCUUGUUGGAUGUUUCUGUCUACCCGACUUUUGUUCAACCAUGGAUGGUACAUACAACGUGAAAUGCAUGCGCUUGAGGUUGGUGCAGACUGUCGUAGUGAAAAGGUUCAUGCAUUCUUGGAAAAGUAAAUACUGCUUUUCAAAGAAUUUCCUGUAGACGAAUCGUGUUGUGUCCCCGGUGCGAACAAUUUGAGCAAUGCCUCCCACCCGGGAGUUCUAUGUUUAUUCCUGUGGCAAACGAGUACAACUGACAAAACCGUAGCAACUCAUUUGCAGUUUAUGGAAUUUCACUUCUUCGUACUGUUCCGGGGAUUGAAAUUGUUGGUGGUUGCGCGCUGAGGACAGCUGCUCUACUGCGUAAUUCGGCCGAGGGGGAGGAUAAUGCUCGUUCCUGGCAAACAGGAGGCCAUGUGUACUCUCUGCAGAGCUGGAUUCAUUCAUUCGUAGAAAUAUGGGGUUUGAAAGCACGGAUUGUGAGAUGUGUUAUCGUCACGUGUGACAUGGGUUGGUUUUGAGUGCGUGCAGCAGAGACUGUAGACUACAGGUCAUACGUAGGUCUCGCUUGUCUUAUUGGUACUAUAGUAACCCUCGAGCUCGAAGACAAACGCGGCCGUGUGCUUGUACUGUGGGGAAUGGUGUGUGUGUUUGUGAGUAGCGUCGACAGAGCAAACCGGCUCAACAAGGUGCUAUUAUUUGCAUCGACCUCGUUAAUCGGCUGACCAGUGUCUAGACGUCAGUCUUAGUGCGAUUGAAAACACAAAACACUUCUAUCUGCCAUGAACUGGGACCCCGU